CUAUUAUCAAGAUUAUUCUAAACAGCAGGGUGAUAAAUGAUAAUCAAAUAUGUGAUGACAGCUAUCACAAAACAUAGACACCACUCAUUAAGCAUGGUCUGUUUAAUGUCUGAAAAGCAUUCUAGUUGGACUAAUUCAGGCAUAUUCUAAAUCGAAACAGUGUGGUGAUUUGCGGAAUUGAGUCAGUUGUGUAAAUAGUUGAGUGGGAUCGUUUAAGAGAAGAAUAUGUCCUGCUGUAUUUAUUACUAUUUGUUAUAAUCUUUCUGACAUUCGCCUGACAAUGUAGGGUAAUUUCACACCUCAUUUUCUAAUCACACACACUCACUAAUCACAGUUCUGAAUUCUGAAUCUCCCCCGGACAAGACGUUGAUGUAGUUGAACAAGGUACACAUCCAUUUUGUGCAGUGCACUUUUGUCAGGUGUGAGCUAAGGCAGACUGCAACCCUAGGGUCAUUAGAAGAUGCAACAAGGUCGUCUAAGACUGCGACCCUGGCUUGAGAAGCAGAUACAGUCAGGGAAAUACCCAGGUGUCACCUGGCUUGAUGAGACAGCUCAAGUUUUCCAGAUUCCUUGGAAGCAUGCGGCUCGACAUGGUUGGAAUAUAGACAAGGACGCCACUUUGUUCCGAAACUGGGCAAUGCACACAGGCAGAUACAAACCUGGGAUAGACAAGCCUGAUCCUAAGACCUGGAAAGCCAACUUCCGAUGUGCCCUGAACACUCUACCCGAUGUGAAAGAGCUACAGGGCAAGAGCAUCAAGAAGGGCAGUAAUGCCUCCAGGGUUUACAUGAUGCUGCCUGUUGUUAAACGUAUCGAACGAAGAAAAGGACCUCAGAAGUCAGACGUUGAUAUAAAACAUAGUCCGAUCUCCCUCUCAGAAAAUGAGGCACGUUCUUGUGCUCCACUGGAUGGGUUUGCAGAGGUUUUCCUGAAGUAUAGAGGUGGACAGACCAGUCACAACCCUGCUAUGUUUCAUGUCGAGGACAACUACCCUCCCAACAACAACAACGAGGAAAGAUCACCAGAACAGCCCUACUCUCACCAGUCUUCCUUCACACCUGAAGCACAUAAAAACUCUGAUGCUAAUGAGCAAGCAGACGCUGUAUUCAAGAUAGUUGAUCACCUAAAACACUUGGAGCACUGGAGCCAGUCUAAUGACAACAGAAGCUGGAGGGCAGCAGACGCCAGCUGGGUGGACAGUUACUGUGAGGAUAUGGAUUACUUGGGGUAUCCCAUGGAGACUGACUGCUACACUUACAGUGCACAGCAAAUACAAUUUCUAUAAGACGAGUGGGAGCAACAUGCAUCGAACGGAAUGCCAAGCUAAAAUCCCUGAAAAAGGAGGAUAUACCACAUUCCAAGCCAUGCUGGCACAAGCUCUCUAAAAUUCUGUAUUCUGAUGGACUGCCAGACGGCGACCAAGGGUCUGAGCACACAUACAGUACAUUAAAAACUAUUAAGUGCUACACCAUCACAUUACAGUGACAGUCUACUUGUUCAGAUUAGAAUGACUGAGUUCUUUUAAAUGUUUGCUUUUUAUUGAACUUAAAAUUGACACAAUUGAGUUUUAGCAUAGCAUCUCAGGAAAUACCCUUCAAGAUUGAGAUGGUUUAGGAUGAGUUGGACCAGAGUGAAGGAAAAACAUCAACAGUGCUCAGCAUGUGUGAACUCCCAAGAAUGUUGAAAAAGCAUUCCUCGUGAAGCUGGUGGCUACUUUAAAGAA